AUGCAGAAGUUUCAAACUGCAUCAGUGAAGAAGGGAGACGAGGUGUCGUGCGAUGUGAAGACUGAGGUCGAGAUUGGAAACGUUGAGGCCGAGUUUAAGCUUGAUACGAAGUCCAAGCUUUAUUUCAAGGCCGUCUACGAGGAUCUUGCUCCUGGUCUGAAGCUUGCCCUAACUGGAAUCGUUCCGGAUUCGAAGGCCACCAAGGCAGAGCUGACCUACAAGCAAGAGUUGCUACACGUGAAUGCCACCGUCGGUCUUGUUACACAACCCGUUUUCGAGGGUGCUCUUGCCGUCGGAACCAAGGGUGUGGUUGUCGGUGCUGAGCUUGGCUACGACACUGCUACUAACAGCGCGACCAAAUACAACCUUGGCGUGGCCUACUCCGAAUCCGACUUCGCUGCUUCCUUGUUGAUUGCUGACAAGCUGGACACGCUGAAGGCUGCCUAUUUCCAGAAGGUGAAGAAGGACGUUGAGGUUGCUGUUGAGGCAGCGCACAAACUCUCCAAAAGUGACACUACUUUCACAGCAGGUGCUUCCUUUGAGCUUGAUCCCCUCACAGAGGCCAAGCUUAGGUUCAACAACCGUGGCACAGUUGCUGCUCUCCUCCAGCACGAGUUCCGGCCCAAGUCCAAGGUCACCAUUGCAGGAGAGGUUGACUCCAAGGCUCUUGACAAGUCAGGCAAGGUUGGGCUUGCCAUUGCUCUCAAGCUGUAG